UCCUUUUUAGCCUACAUGCUUCAGCCUACAUGUGGCGAUGAGCUGGAAUGUCUGGAGCGCUUUGGUGACAUCGGAGUCUGUCUGUCAGACUCAGACUAUCUCUGCAUAAAGGACGACGAAAUCUUGUCCGACUCCAUCUCUUGCAUCUCCUGUCAGACACCAAAUGUGAGCUCAGAUUUGCGACUUGAGCUUCGCUGAGAAAAGCUGUGUGGAAUUAUCGAUGACACGUCACCAGGUGAGUGAUCUGCCGACAGAAGAUGGUCCCGAGGAGCACGAUGAAAAGGAAAUACGUCGAGUUGGACUCAGUGGAUGUGAAAACAGACCGACGCUUCUGUGAGACAAACCAAAUGUCUGUGAUUGUUUCCGACAGCGGAGCUGGAGCUCCGUGCGCAACGGGACGCAAACCCGAGGGCGACACUAAGACAGAGAAUGGCACAGUUGGGAAACAUGGAGAUGGUGUUAAGCACCAGCACGCUGACCCGUCACCGCCACCGAUUCCUUUUUGUGCAAACGCAAAGUCGGAGCGUUUCCACGAGCAGCACGAGGUGUCCAACACGGAAAGCAGCGCAAGCCUGCAGCCGGACGUGGAUUUGCGCGCUAGUGAUAAUUAUCUCGGGGAGACAAGUGAGCAGGAUGAUUAUGAAGUGGACGAUGGUAUAAGUUUGGUGCUUUCUGAUGACUGCAUUCCGUGCGCCACGGAGGACGAAUCCCAUUAUAUUACCACGCACGAGAUCCAGCUCUCUGAACUUUCUGACCACGAGGAGGACUACGAACUCGGAGUGGGCUCUUCCACGAGCUGGGACGUUGAAGAAGACAACCGGGUUUACUCAUUUGCCGAUUACGCUUCUUUUGAUGCCGGGGGCGCGGCGGGCGCGAGGGGGCACGGCCGCCAGCCUGGCUCUCAGGGCGCAGCAGCAACAGUCAGCACUCUGCUGGAAAGUGAUCCGCGCGAAGCGGCCAAAUUCACCAGCUCAGAUGAGAGUGUGUCAAAGCCCGAGCAGCAACGCUGCAGUGGCAACAGUGGCGGACAGAUUCACCUGUCAAUCAGAACCACCUCUCGAGCUAUAAAUGACCCCAGCAACAUCCAAGAACAGGAAAAGAUUCUCUAUCAUGCCAGGCGCUCCGGAGAUGUGAGUCGCUAUGUGUUUAGGGGAGUUGAUGGGAAGGCAGAGACCUUGUGUGACACGGCGAAGUGUUUGGUAGCAGCGCCCGGGCGCGUACACUUUGGCGGCAAAUUAAGGGGGAAAGAAGUCCCCGAAUAUUCAAGCGGCACGUCCAGUGCUGUCAGCGAGCUGGACGACGCUGACAAGGAGGUGCGCACUCUGACAGCCAGAGCCUUCAAGAGCCUGGCGUAUCCUUACUUUGAUGCCAUUCAUUUCAGCACCUCCAGCGAGUCCUCUGCAUCAGAGCAUGCCGUGGGGAUAAACAGGUGGUCCACGUUUGUGGACCUGAAAUAUGGUAACAUGAAUGUGGACCAAAGUCUUGUGUCUCAUCAAAGCUCAGCGGCCUCGUUUCAAAUCGCCAAGAGCAUAGACAAAAGGGGUUAUAAGGGCAUCAUCAAAGCGCCCGCCAGCGAGACAUUACCUCCCCACAGCGCAGCGUCAUCUACAAAGAAAAUAGAGCUGAUGGGGAAAUUUGGUCAGGGCCACAGCGGCGUCAUAAGGCUGACAGAGACGCUGAAUUUUCGUUGCAACGUUAAAUCGGGAAUUCCUGCGGGAGAACCACGCACUAACUUUGCAGGAUCACGUUCCACGGAUGAAGUUACCAACGCAAGCCAGAGCAGGGGGGGCGGCAAGCCGCCCUCUAAAACCAUGGAAGACACGCACAAGAAGGCCGUGUUUGCUUCGAGUCUCAUCAAAAAUGUCAUUUCUAAGAAAAUGCAGUUCGAGCAGGAGCGCAAGAUGGAGAGAGGCGAAAUAAGCGAGCCGCAGCAGACGCCCUCUCCCAGCUUUCUGCGCCAGGAAAGCGACGACGUCAGAGCGAAGCACAACUCCAAGCUUUCCGACAGCAGCUCGGACUACAGCAUAAUGCGCGUGAAUGAGUUAGGGGACAUAGCGGAUGCCAAGAGCGACUCUCGGAAGCAACAAACUGGAGUUGAUACUAAAAAAGGCGCAGUGGACUCAUCCAGAAGCACGCUGCAUCGCAGCCAAAAUAGCGCGUUCAGAUGCUGGAAGGAUGACGAGCUAGAAUUUCAAAAGGAUCCUGAAAACGAUCAAACACCAGAGGACACGCUGGCCGAGGGGAGUCUGUACUCGGCGGGCAGCAGCAAACUGAAGAAAAUGGCUCAUUUAUUUGUGCCAAAUAUCCAAAUGCUGCCGAACGAAGGCGAAGCCACGCAGCAGAGCAGGAAUUAUUCUACGUGUGGACACGGACGUGGAGCCAAAGUACGCUCUGUCGCAGACUCUGCGACCACAUCCAAGUCUCCAGAACUUCAAAUUAACUUGAGGCGCGUCAAAGACGAUAGCACCGAGCCGUGCGCCGUCUCCAAACUGCGCGCUCCUAAUUUAGGCUGCAACAUCAUCCGAACAGAUCACGCCAAAUCCCACGCGCUUGCUACAGCUUUGAAGGGUGACUUUUCAGAUAAAGUUCCACAUUUCAUGGUCCGAGACAUUCGAGACAAUAAGGGGAAGCUGCAGACUCCCAUUUACCAAGUGAGAGACGUGCGUAAGCUGGUUAAAAGUUCGUAUCACUUCGUUUCUUUGGAUAACAACGAGAAUAAAGCCCACAGCGCCUCCGCUGACAGACAUCCAGAGCAAAACAAGCAAGUGCCCAAUCAAAGCUUCAAUACUGUGUCGCCUAUAGUGAUCAAGUGCCAGUCUGUGAACACGAGCAGUAACGGAAAACAAUGUGGAAACCUUCACGGGGCUAAACAGGAGUCACCUGACGUGGACAGAUCGUCUCCAGAGGGCGUCAAAAACGCAUCAAGGGCAACAGGGAGCGCAUCUCUAGGCCCCUCAAAUAAUGCCUCGCAGGGAAACACCGACCGAAGUGAAAGCAGAAUAUCUACAAAGAGGCAAGAAAAAGUAUCGGACAUCACUGAUAAAAAGCCCGAGUCACAGGUGCCAAACCAGGCGGCUCUGCAAAAACUGCAGGCUGCCGUGAAAACCAUGGAGCAGCUCUAUGUAUUUGAAAAGAACGAGUGGAAGAGGAAGAACGAGGCUCGGCCGCUGACAGACAGCCACCUGCUUUCACUGAUAGCGUGUGAGGAGCAUCCAGGACACGGAGAGGAGACUGCAUGGACGCCCAGCGCAGACAAGUCUGCCAGAAGAAACUCCCAGUCCAGCGCAGACAAGCCCCCAGCAGGACGAGCAGGUGACAGCCUGCUGAAGCAGGAGCAGAAAGACCCACUCAAACCCCGCCCCACAUCAGUGGGCUGUGAUGACAGGCCUAAGUCAGUGCAAGCCCCCAGCAGUGUCAAGGCCUCCAGAACUUCAAAGACAUCCCAACCGAACACCGUCACACAAACACCUUUCAGCACCAAAACCUUCGUCCCCAAACCGCCCGCAUCAUUCAGCAUCUGUGAGAGACGGUCAGCUGGGAACGAAGACGCCGACGUGAAGGAGGCCGACGGGUUUGCACACGAGUUUUCAACUGACAGUGAGAACUACCUCGCUAUUCCAGUCAAGUCUCAGCCCAGCAAAGGCAAACAGCCACCUGAUAAAGCGUCCGUCUACACGUUCACCCGGUCACAUCCAGCCACACCUUCAGGACACCUGGAACCUGGGCUCAGAGGGCACGAGGAGCACACAGCUAGUUACUCACCAGAGAUCCCCUCAGCUACUAUCUACCACUCUCUGCCACUCGGGAUGCCCGCCAAUCAGCCACAGGUCUACUGCUUCUCUCCAGCAAUCACCCCGGCUCCCACCCUGGACCCGUUCCAGGCCACCCAGAGGAAAAUGCUGCUGGAUCCCAGCACUGGCAACUACUACCUGGUAGACACACCAGUGCAGCCUGCCACCAAGCGUCUCUUUGAUCCAGAAACGGGUCAAUAUGUGGAUGUGCCUAUGCCACAGCCUCCCAUGACACCUGUGCCCAUGCCCAUCUCACCUUUAGCCCUCAGUUCUGGCAUUUACGGCCACACGUACAUGAUCUACCCGGGUCUCGUGCCGACGCCGUCAGUGAUACCUGCCAGGGCGCUGCUACAGUCGCAGAUGUCGGUGCAGGCAGAGGUGGACAGCAGCGAUAAAAGCUCCUCGCAGCAGACUGAGGGCAUGCACGUGGAGAGUCCUUUCUACAUGUCCACCGGAAAGUCUUCCCAGGUAGCCUCAGGUGUUCAGGCUGCUGCUAACAGGCCACAGCAGGGCCUCUCUAGCAUCAAGCAGCCUGUCAUCAGCAUCAGCUCCCAGCAGGGGCCCCGGAUCAUCGCCCCCCCCUCAUUUGACGGGACGACUAUGAGCUUCAUGGUGGAGCACCGAUGAACGGCAGGUCGUCUGGACAGGGCCGAGCUGUAAGCUGGACGGUGUGGACACACUCACACAGGAGCUGAAUGAGCCGAAUCAUGUGUAGAAACCAAACUGUGAGGUUGUGAAAUCGAUGAAUAGUUACUCUUGUCCAGCUGUUACACUUCCUGAACUUUGCAGAUGUGCGUGACAUGAAGUUAUGAGACGUUAUGUUCAAACUGAGGUUGCUGUUUGUGGUUGCACGUUGGAGUUUGUGCAGUGGGUCUGCUGGACAGUCCGUUUUCUUCUGUUGGAAACAUGACAGGUUACAGAGCUGGAGCUUUGCUGAGGGUUUUUCUGCUGACUGUUUUACUGUGACGUGUUUAGUGUCCUGUUACAGAUAUACAGCAGAAGCAUCAAACAUACGUUUCUACCCAAGCUGAUAAUAUUUUAUACUUUUGUACCUGACUCUCAGCUUUGCUGCUGCACUGUUAUCAGAAAAAGAGUCGAACAGUUUCCUCUCGUGCCUCACAAACACGACGUCUGUGUUUGUGUAUUUGUGGAGGAUAAACCACCUCUGAGUUCAUUCAGUCUUAAGAGUGGACACUGCUGUUUCUUAGAGCUCCAUGGUCCCGAUGCUACAGUGUUGCUGUCUUCUCCUGGGGAUUUGAUCAGAUUUGGUUCGUGUCAUGUUUCUGGUUGUGCAUGAUUUGUCUUUCUUUUUUUAAACUUUUGCAUAAAGUAGGAAAUGUUUUCUAUAAGUGUGAAAGCAUUUCUGCACAGCAGGGACUCUGCUGCCUCAGAGCAGAGUCUCUGCUGCGCACAGUAAAUGUUGAAGGUAGAUGAAGGUGGUGGACAGACGGGAGCGUGGGAAUAAAGAGGACCCGUGGAUGAAACGAUAAAUGUGCAAAAACAAUGAGGAUGACUGUAGCUGUGCACAGCUACAGUGUCAGGUUCACUUUUACUGUGAAAACCGAAUAAACAGGAAAACUCUGACUGACCCAGUUUAUAACAACUAACAGUGUCACAGUUAUGUUUCACGUGUUUAAAUGCUAUGUUUGCAAAGAUAAGAUGUUUACGUUGAUUAGUGGAUGCUAAAGGGGAAAGCGAGACGUGGAAUAAUUAAAGACAUGAAAACUAUUACAAA